GAGAAUCAAACCAAUUUUUGGUAUGGACAAUUCAUUGGUAGUGUUAUUUCUUCCACUAAAAUGAUUGUGAAGUUGAGAGUGUUGUUCUCCUAUAUCUUCUCCGAACCCUCUCUCACAAAUCCCAACAAAAAAGUUUCAACAUAAUUAUUAUAUUUUUUUUGUAAAAAUCCAACAUUAUCCGUUUGAUGUUUCACCUGAAUUUACUCAAACCUUUCCAUAACAAUAACAACAUUUGAUUCAAUGUUGAUAUCCUCAAGGUUGGAUUCUUCUUUUCACAUUUUCCAUGCAUGUGUCUCUCUUUUUGUGAUUUUCAUAUUCCCCUUCUCCAAGUAACCAAAUAAUGCAUGUUUGUCUCUUAUUUAUUUCAGCUUUUCAAGAAGUUCUUGAGGUGAAAUAAUGCAAUAGAAAUCUGCAUGAAACAAAAUCUCCAUUUUUGAAGUGUUUUCCUCAUGAAAAUUUUCUAAUUAUGAAUUCACAACCUAACAACCAUAGUACAGAAUCUAAGGAGGUUGGUAGUUCAAGUUCUAAUUCGAGCGGAAAUAAUAACUUACCUCAAAAAAAGAUUUUGUCCGAUUCGAAGUUUCAACCUAUGACAGAGCCACCAGGUGCAUUAAACCAGUUUGGUCAUAGGUUUCCGGAUGUAUUUCAACAAAAGGGUGGAAGCUAUGCAGAUCUUCCUGCUGCCAAAAUUUCCGAGCUAAUGAAAUCCUCAAGUUUGGAUAAUGCUCCUACUCAAUCACUUUUGAGCGUUGUGAAUGGUAUCCUAGAAGAAAGUGUUGAAAGAAGAAAUGGCGAAAUACCACCUCGCGUGGCUUGUUUGUUAAGAAAAGUUGUUCAAGAGAUCGAGCGGAGAAUAUCAACACAACAAGGACAUUUAAGAACUCAAAACAAUCUUUUUAAGACUCGUGAGGAAAAAUAUCAAUCAAGAAUAAGAGUACUUGAAGCUCUUGCAUCAGGAACCAAGGAGGAGAAUAUCAUAAUAAAGGAAGAAAAAAUUGCACAUGACUCAAAACCAAUUGAGAAGAUUGUAAUAGAAGAAAAGAAGACAAAUGAUACGAAUCAUGAAGAAAAGACUAAAGAGGAUGAAAAAAAGAAAGAAAUUGAUAGAGAAGUUAUUAGAUUGAUGAAAGAAGUGGAAGACAAAAACAUGGAAAAGAAGGAGAUUGAUAAAGAAGUAAAGAGAUUGAUUAAAGAUAUGGAAGGAAAAAAUGCGGAAAUUUCAACAUUCAAACAAGAACUAGAAGCAAUGAAAAAAAGAUAUGAAGAAAAAAAUGCGGAAAUUUCAACAUUCAAACAAGAACUAGAAGCAAUGAAAAAAAGAUAUGAAGAAAAAUGUUCAAAGAUGGAAAAUAUGGAAAGGAAGGAAAUUCAUAAAGAAGUGGAAGGAAAAAAUAUGAAAAGGAACGAAAUUGAUGAAGAAGUUAUGAGAUUGAAGAAAGAGGUGGAAGGAAAAAAUAUGGAAAAGAAGGAAAUUGAUGAAGAAGUUAUGAGAUUGAAGAAAGAGGUGGAAGGAAAAAAUAUGGAAAAGAAGGAAAUUGAUGAAGAAGUUAUGAGAUUGAAGAAAGAGGUGGAAGAAAAAAGUAUUGAAAAGAAGGAAGUUGAUAAAGUAGUUAUUAGAUUGAUCAAAGAGUUGGAAGAAAAAAAUAUGGAAAUUUCGACGACGAAGCAAGAACUUGAAUCAACGAAGAAUAGAUACGAAGAACAAUGUUCAAAGUUGGAAUCAGAAGUUAAGGAUGCUAAAGGAGAAUUGAAACAGAAAUUGCAAGAGUAUGAGGCUAAAAUGGAGAAAUUAAGAAAUACGGUUAGAGAGAGUGAAGCUAUUAUGGAGUCAAAAUAUCAGAAGUGGAACAUGAAACAGAAAAUUAUGCAGAAAGCUAUGAGUUUUCAGUUUAGUUCCAUACAGAAAUUGAAUUUGGCUUGGGAAUCUAUCAAGCAAGAUGUUGUGAAAGAGCGAAUGAUUUACUCGGAGGAAUGCAAUCGAUUAGGUGUAAAUCUUAAACCACUGGUAAAUGCAGCUGAGAAUUAUCAAACCGUUCUUGCUGAAAAUAGAAAAAUCUUCAAUGAACUUCAAGAAUUAAAAGGAAAUAUUAGAGUAUAUUGUCGAGUUAGGCCAUUUAUUCCUGGACAAAAAGAAAAACAAUCUAUUGUCGAACGCAUUGGUGAAUCAGAUUUGGUUGUAGCGAAUCCUUCCAAACUAGGGAAAGAAGCACUCAAAACAUUCAAGUUUAAUAAGAUCUUUGGUCCUACCUCAACUCAAGCUGAGGUGUAUGAUGACAUACAAGCCUUUAUAAGAUCAGUACUUGAUGGUUUUAAUGUCUGCAUAUUUGCUUAUGGACAGACUGGUUCUGGAAAAACUUAUACAAUGAGUGGUCCAAAUAAUGCAACCAAUGAGAAUCUUGGUGUUAACUAUCGUGCUCUAAACGAUCUCUUCAACAUAUCCUCAAGUCGACAAAGUUCCAUAGUUUAUGACAUUGGAGUUCAAAUAAUUGAGAUCUAUAAUGAACAAGUUCGAGAUUUGUUAACAACCGAUACAGCUAUCAAAAAACUUGGGAUAUUGAAUCACUCUCAACCAAAUGGUUUAGCAGUCCCUGAUGCCAGCAUGCACCCCGUCAAAUCAACCGGUGAUGUCAUAAAACUAAUGGACAUUGGUUUAAAAAAUAGAGCAAAGAGUUCAACUUCCAUGAAUGAAAGAAGUAGUCGUUCUCACAGUGUGGUUUCGAUUCAUGUUCGUGGGGCGGAUAAGAAAUCUGGUUCGACUCUCCAAGGUAACCUUCAUCUGAUAGAUUUGGCAGGAAGUGAAAGGAUAGACCGCUCUGAAGUAGUAGGAGAUAGACUAAAGGAAGCACAACAUAUUAACAAAUCAUUGUCGGCUCUUGGCGAUGUCAUUUUCGCACUUUCUCAAAAGAGUUCUCAUAUACCAUAUAGAAACAGCAAACUCACACAAAUUUUGCAAUCCUCUCUAGGUGGUCAUGCAAAGACACUCAUGCUAGUUCAAAUAAAUUCAGACGUAAAGUCUUAUUCUGAAUCUUUGAGUACUUUGAAGUUUGCUGAGAGGGUUUCUGGAGUUGAGUUAGGAGUUGCAAAAAGUACAAAAGAUGGAAGAGAUGUUAGAGAAUUAAUGGAACAGGUGGCUUCUCUGAAAGACACGAUUUCGACAAAAGACGAAGAAAUCGAGCGACUACAAUUACUUAAGGAUCUAAAAAAUGUUAGUAAUACUGAGAAGCUUGAAGAUUAAGAUAAACAGCAAAGAUAUUCUUAUUGAAAAUAUCAUUAGACAACAUAGAGAAGUUAGUAGUGUUUAUAUUAUCACAUUUUUAACCAUUGCCCCUACUUAACAUUAACAAUUUAGU